AUGAAAUUGUUUGGUCAAGAACAUCCAAUGACCGCUGACACCUAUCAUUCAGUAGGAGUUACACAGCAAUCCCUGAGUGAUUACACCGCCGCCCUUGAGUCGAAGAAGCGUGCUCUUAAAGUCAAAAUUAAAUUCCUUGGUGAAGAACAUCCCAACACUGCUGACAGCUACCAUGAAAUAGGAGUUACACAGCAUUCCCUGAGUGAUUACAUCGCCGCCCUUGAGUCAGCCAAGCAACAUCCCAACACGGCUGAAAGCUACCAUACAGUAGGAGUGACACAGUAUUCCCUGAGUGAAUACACCACCGCCCUUGAGUCACAGAAGCGUGCUUUUGAUAUCACAAUUAAAUUGUUUGGUGAAGAACAUCCCAAGACCGCUAACAGCUACCAUAAUAUAGGAGCUAUACAGCAUUCCCUCAGUUAUUACACCGCCGUCCUUGAGUCAGCCAAGCGUGCUGUUGAGAUCAGAAUUAAAUUGUUUGGUGAAGAACAUCCAGAGACCGCUGGAAGCUACCAUUUAGUAGGAGUAACACAGCAUUCCCUGAGUGAUUACACCGCCGCCCUUGAGUCAAAGAAGCGUGCUCUUGAUAUCACAAAUAAAUUGUUUGGUGAAGAACAUAACAACACCGCUGAAAGCUACAAUUCAGUAGGAGUGACACAGCAUUCCCUGAGUGAUUACACCGCCGUCCUUGAGUCACAGAAGCGUGCUCUUGAUGUCACAAUUAAAUUGUUUGGUGAAGAACAUCCCAAGACCGCUAACUGCUACCAUAAUAUAGGAGCUAUACACCAUUCCGUCAGUGAUUACACCGCCGCCCUUGAGUCCGCCAAGCCUGCUUUUGAUAUCAGAAUUAAAUUGUUUGCCUACAGAGCAGCUGUUUUCUGCGUGCACGGUGUAUUCGCGAGGUAUCCGUAG